AUAUGAAAUAAGCAUCGCAAACAUUCCUGAUGAUGUCCACGGUCAAGUCUGGGCUUGGUUUAAUAACUUGCAGUCACAGGUUCCAAAAUGGAGUGUUUCCUCUUCCGUACAAACAACAUCACGAACAUGCUACAAUUGCUUGAGAAUAUUCAAAAAGUAUGACAACUCCACGCAAAAAAAUUUAAAAAAUCCUGACAGGCAUCACGCAUCUCUCAUCAAUUUGAGACAAUGAUGCGCGCGCGGUCUUUGAUGACGUAACGGAAAAAUGGACUGCUAAUGCUACAUUCGAGAAAAAGGGGAAAUCGGAUUUUUCUGACGUCUGACUAAGAAAAGUGGAAUCCCUUUAUUUACAUAAAUAAAAUACAUUAUGAAAAAGGUUUGCUGGAGUCUAAAAUGUGUUUCGAUGAACCAACGCUGGCAAGGUGUGUGCAAUUAUAACUCUGGUGUUCGGACUUUCAGAAUGUGUUUCCAUGUACAUGAUAUCAAUUUCAACCAUUUUGCGUGCUUCUCAGGAAGGAAGCCUCCAUCUCGCUCUUCGCGACUGCUCCUCCCCGAUUGGUCGCAGGAGGACGUGCACCAGGCUUGGCUACACGAAGAAGGAUUGGUCGACGAGCUGGCCGUUGUCUUUCGAGGCAACGAUUUGGACGGCGCCAAAUUCGCCCAGCUGAGCGAGGCGACGGCCUUGGAGAUGGGAAUCGAGUCGCUGGGGGUCCGCCGUGGCCUCCUGAGAAGACUGGAGACCCUGAAGGUGGAGCACAACGCUUGCGACUGCCCCGAUGAGUUUGUGUGUCCCAUCGGCAGAGAACCGAUGAGGGAUCCCGUCAUCGCCGCAGACGGCUUUUCCUACGAGCGUGAGUCCAACGAGAGCUGGAUUAGAGGCAAGAAAAGAAGCAGCCCCAUGACCAAUCUGCCGCUGCAGACCACACUGCUCACCCCGAACAGAGCUCUGAAGAUGGCCAUCAGCCGUUGGAAGUGGAGCCAGCAACAAUCGUCGUGACGCGAGACCCGCACGGACCUCGAACUACGCCAAGCGUCACUUUAUCAUAUUUAAGAAAACAAUUAUUAUACGGUAUCCACGAAUGAUGUCUUUGCUGCAAAAAUAAGGGCCAUUAUGAAG